AAAAGAAAAAUUAAUAACAUGUCAAUUCUUUAUUGCACAAUAACUCGUGGCACUACAGUUCUUGCAAAACAUGCUAAAUGCACUGGAAACUUUCAAGAGGUCGUUGAACAUAUUCUUGUCAAAAUAGAAACAAAUAAAGAUUCUAAAAUGAGUUAUACACAGACUGGUUACUUGUUUCAUUAUAUUGUUGAAUCUGGCAUCAUAUAUUUAUGUAUAACAGAUGAAGCAUUUGAUAGAUCUACAUCAUUUACGUUUUUACUAGAAGUGAAAAAACGCUUUACAAAAACAUAUCAACAUCGAAUUGAAACUGCACUUCCAUUCGCAAUGCAAAGUGAAUUCUCUAAUGUUCUUGCAAGUGAAAUGAAUCGUUUUUCAAAUUCACUCAAGAAUGAUCCUACUCAGUUGAAAAAUGUUGAAAACCAAAUAAAUGAAUUAAAAGGAAUAAUGAUAAGCAACAUAGAUACUAUUACAAGGAGAGGAGAGAAACUGGAGUUAUUGGUUGAAAAAGCAGAUGAUUUAAAUGCAUCGUCGUUAACUUUCAAAAAAUCAAGUAAAUCAUUGUCAAGAGCAUUAUUUAUGAAGAACGUGAAGAUAGGAAUUGCAAUUUUUUUAAUAGUUUUGGUGAUCAUUUUGAUUAUUGUAUUUGCUUCGUGUGGUACUAACUGGAGUAAUUGUGGAAAAUAAGAGUUUCUAAUGAUAUUUUUAAUUUAAUGAAACAAGUUUUUUAUUCCAAGAACUUUUUCUUUUAAAAAAAAAAAAAUAGUUUUAUAAAAUUUUUCAAAGAAUUUUUGAUCUAAAAGAGAUUUUGGAUCUGAAAAGUUUACAUAAUUCAAUUUUUUUAUACAAAGCAUUUUUUUUAUUUGUCGUUCGUCAUUUAUUUUUUUGAUUUUUUCACGACUCUUAUUCAUUGGUCUUUUUAUAUAUGAUUUAUCUGUACUUAUCUAAUCUAACACCUUAAGCUAUAGUAAAUACACUUUAAAUACAACCUCUAUAUACCCUAUAAGCUGUAAUUCUUAAUUCAGUAUAACUUUUUUAAAUUGCUAAAUCUUUAUUUCUUGUGUCUUGAUCUCCACUCUCUUUUAGAAUAUUUUGAUAAAAUCGUUGUUAAUCUUGUUAAGAUGUGUUAUAUAUUUUGUUUUUAUCGCUGUUUUAUGAAGUGCAAAACUUAUAAAUUAUUUUUUAUAAAAGUUAUUUAUAGAUAGAUAGAUA